GUGAAAGAAAAGCAAAAACACAGAAGCAAGGAGGGUGAGGGAGCCCAAUAGCACGGCUCUCGCCUGACCGUGUUCCUAGGUAGGUAGGACAGGGUACCUAUAUCUAUAUGCCCAAUAUCACUUCAUCUUUCACCAUCAACCCCAUGUACACAGUAGUGUACCUGCCUAGGUAUGGAUGUACGGAUAGCGGCUCGGCGGCGGGCAGGCAUGCAGGCAACCCGCAAGCCGAGCUGCAACGAGAUGCCUUGCAGAUCACCCGUUCCCAGCAUCCGUCACCCUGCCAGGGGAACCCGAGGUAGGAUUCUCGCCCAAACAUGGACGGAACAGAGAACGACAAAGAUGGAGGUCGAGAGUAACUUUCCCUCUUUCUGCCGUUGUUCCCCCGACGUGGCCAGAUACCUACCUACUCGGUCAAGCAGCAGAAAGAAUGCAUGCGGCUCACGCAGAUGUCAUGGUGAGCCUGUGCCUGUCUCUAGAUACCCAAGUCGCAACAAAAGAAACGACCGACUCUGCAGCACCGCUGCGUCUUACCAGAGGCAUGGGAGCUCUGCGGAAGAGGCAAUGAUGAGCGUCCGUGUCUGCACUUCCAAUUGCAUAUGCAUCCGAGUUUCAAACUGUACCGGUAUUUGUGUUUUCAGGUUUGCCUCUUUUCUUCGCCUUUCCUUCCCUUCCUGCAAAGCCUGCUUGAUUGCAUUUGAUCCUCCCCUGCUUCCGCAAUCGGCAUUGCGUCCCAUCUGUGUAUCGUCCGGAAUCACUGUCGCCAUUCAUUUAACUUUGGACCCUGGGGAGGCAAACGUUGAUACCUUGGCCCGAAUUGCAUUAUGCAGUCUCCCGUCCUGUAAGAGAAGGAGCUAGGACAGUUGCUGGAAGGUGCGGCGAGUGCGAGUGCGCGACGCUCGGCCGCUGACGUUUCCCCGCUCUUGUACCCUACGGGACCGUGCUGUAGAUAGGUAAGAAGGUAGGUGUGGUAUGUGGGUAG